AUGAUGGCAACGCGAGAUAUUAAAGCUGGUGAAGUCAUAAUUUCUGUUCCGAAGAAAUUUCUAAUAACUUAUAGAAGUUUAACGAAUUUAUUGAAAGUAAAACUCUCUGCACACCAGUUUAUAUCCCUGUAUUUAAUUUUAGAAUAUAAAAAGGGAUCACAAAGUAGUAUUUAUCCGUAUAUUAAUAUGUUACCAAAAGACUUUGAUAAUAUGCCAUUAAAUUAUAAUAAAGAACUGUUCAACUUGCUGCCACAUAAUGUCAAAGUGGACGUAAAAUCACAAAGAGCGAAAUUUGAACAUGACUUUGCAGCUAUCAACAAUUUCCUUAAAAGUCAAGGUAUUCACUCAAAGAUUACACGUAAAGAUUAUUUAUGGGGAUGGCUUUGUGUUAAUACACGAUGUAUUUACCUAGAAACCAAGAACUCAGAUGAUGUAAAAGAUCGUAUUGCCAUUGCUCCAUUGCUAGAUUUCUUGAACCAUACAUACGAAGCAAAGAUCAAAGGCGAAUUUAAUUAUAUGACUCAGUGUUACGAAAUAACUACUUUUGUCCCUUAUAAAAGGGGAGAUCAGGUUUUUAUUAACUAUGGACCCCAUGAUAAUUUUUUUAUAUUAAUGGAAUAUGGAUUUGUUAUCCCAAAUAAUCCAUAUAAUUAUGUAUCGCUUGACAAAGAAUAUCUUGAAAUUUCUCUUCCCGGAGAAACAGAACUUGCCAGACAAGAAAAACUUGAUUUGUUACUUCGGCAUGGUUUUUAUGGGGACUAUAGUUUACGCAUAUCCGAGAUCUCAUUCAGAUUAUUGACAGCUUUGCGUUUACGUGUUAUACAACAAUUUGAUGUCUCAACAACAGGAACUCAAGGAAUCAUACUAAAAUGGAAAAAUACCAUUACCGGAUUAACGGAAAUUAUUAAUUCACAAAAUGAAAAAUCAAUGUACUUUCAUCUUCAAUUAAUAUGUGAGAGUGCCUUGUUAAAAGCUGAACAGGUUUUGGAGGCUUUGAAGGCUUCGGUUAGAAUAUCUAAAAUUCAUCCCUACGCAAUCUUUUUCGUUGUAAAUGUGACAAAUUAA